GAACUUCCUGUUUUGAAACGAGCUGAUAAGUUUCGCUUCUGGAAUUCAUUGUUGUUUAUGGUUUUCUUCAUCAGUGAAGAAAGUAAAUCGACACAAAAUGGCCAGUGUGUCGUACCAUAUUGCAAAUUUAUUGGAGAAGGUAUAUUUAUUUACUAACCAUUUUAAAUAAUGAUGAAGACUAAGUUUAUUAUAACUUUAAGAUGAGACCGGCAGCAGAUCUCACUUUAGUUUUUCUACGGCUAUUCCGACACAACACUGACACUACUGACAGACAUUUGCGGCAACACUUGCAGACUGAGCAGUGAGCUUGGUAACAUUGGCGACUUCCACCUUGAUAUUAUGAUGAUUAAAUCUUCAAGCAGUGUGCAUAAUCCAAAACACAGCAGACUAUAUUGCACAAGGAAUUUUUAAAAAUGCAAGUAACACUCUACUGACUGAGUAUAGUAUCAUGUAUGGGCAUCUCAGUUACACUAGGCUACUCAGCCUACAUUUACUUUUCCACUGACCCAAGGAACUGUGCUCUGGCUCUGGCUUAGCAAACUCAAGACGUCUGAGUCAUGUCUAAAAUCUCUGCUUUCUGUCAAAUUCCUGCCCAGCACAUUAUUUAAAUUAUUAGGUUGAAUUUUAGCUAUUGACUAUAAUCAUAUUUAGAUGAAGAAUAAAAUAGCAAAACAAGGUAUGUGCAAGCUUGAAUAAGAUAACUGGACAAAAAACAAGGACGUUUCGGCAUAAAGCCUUCCUCAGCCAACUGUAGAAAUGAAAAUAUAACAAAAAAACAGAGCACAGUUGAAAACUCAAGAAGUAUCCCUAUUUAGUCAGGAGAUUUAUUUAGUUAUAGUCAUAAGUAGUGAUUUAGACUCACAGAUAUUGACGAGUGUGAGACAUCCAACAUCAUCAUUUUUUUCAUAGUCCUCAUUACUAAAUCGUGACUUAUUUGAAAAAUAACUUUUUAGUCAUACUAUUUAUCUUGUGUUUAGGUGUUGCUAAUUUUGUCUUUCAGAUGACUUCUACGGAUAAAGAUUUCCGUUUUAUGGCAACCAAUGAUUUGAUGGCUGAGCUACAGAAAGAUUCAAUUAAACUUGAUGAUGAUAGUGAAAGAAAGGUUACUGCUAUCACUAUAUAAUGACAUAAAUAUUUUCACAGCAAUACAAGUUUUAUAGAAUAUCAUCAAGUUUUAUAGAAUAUCAUUACAAAGGGUUUUUAUAGAAUAUCAUUACAUAGGGUUUAUAUAAAUUAUCCCAUAUAUUUGUUUUACUCAAACAUAACCAUAUGGAUGUCUCAUUAGAUCUUCUUAUCCUGCUUCAAAAUAAAAAAUGAAUCCUAAUUUUUCCAAGUGUUCAGCUCAAUUUAAUUAGUCUCUUUAGAACUUGUAAUAAAUCGUUUCAGUUUUUUUUUAGGUCAGUAUUUUUUUAGGAUGAAAUGUUCUCUUCAGUCAAAUAAUUUCAGUUAUUUCUUAAUGAAAUAUGUGACAUUUCAAAUUUUUAACAGGUGGUCAAAAUGUUGCUAAAGCUACUGGAGGACAAAAAUGGUGAAGUUCAGAAUUUAGCUGUGAAAUGGUAGGUUAAACUUAGUUGUUGCUUGUUUAACAAAUAUGUGUUUUAAUGACUGCCCCACAACAAAUAUUUAAAAUGUUGAUUGUAGCAUACAGAAGUUUGCUCAAAUUAAAGUUAUAGAUUAGCAUCAUUCCAGUCACAUAAUAAAAAGUAUUUUUAUUUGACAGGGUGAUAAACCAUUAAUAGUAAAUUUUCAUCUUCCUAGCCUUGGCCCACUGGUAAGCAAAGUCAAAGAGUUUCAAGUGGAGACAAUUGUGGACACAUUAUGUAGUAACAUGUUGUCUGAUAAAGAACAGCUAAGAGAUAUCUCAAGUAUUGGUAGGUUUAUUUUAAUAGCCUUAGUUUUUUAGAAUUCAAAUGAGUAAAUAAAUGGUGUUCAUAGAUGAGCUAGAAAAGUUACUUUUUAAGAUCAUACAAGAUAUUGGUGUUUCACUCUUCACUUUCAAGUGCAUGUAAUUGCUUAGUAAUUAUUUUUUUUGUUAUCAUUUUUUUUCUAAGGCUUAAAAACAGUUAUUACUGAGUUGCCCCCUUCUUCAACAACUUUGGCAGCCAGUAUUUGUAAGAAAAUAACCACACGCCUUACAAAUGCUAUCUCGAAGGUUAGUUUUAUCUCUUUUCGUUAUGUGACAAGCUUAUGAGUGUUACAUUUUAUGAAAUAUGAAUUUAAUGUCUAAUAAAAUGAACUGUUGUAUACCUUAAAAAAUCAGAUUAUCUAAAAUUUACUCAGUUAAUUGAUAACAAUUCCUUCUCUAUGAAGAUGUCAACAUAACUUAUUUCAAUCAAAACUUUUUAAAUAAUUAAAAUAUUAACAUCAGAGGUUCUUAACUUGUGGUCCACUGAAGCCUUGGGAUCCAUGAAAAUUAUGGGAUGCCUAAGAUACAUUUCUUUAGUAAGUUUAUGCAUUUAAAUGCUUAAUUCUAAGAAGGGGCCUGUCCCUUUCAUCUGAUUGGCAAAAGGUCCAUGGAACAAAAUAGUUAAAGAACCCCUGAUGUAUUUUAUAAUCUAAUCUAUUAAUGUUGUUUAUUUUUGCUCCCCCUUUUUUUUUAACAUCAGAAAAAUUAGGGAAGUUCUCAAUCUGAUAUAAUAAUAUCAAGAAGCUGUCACUGAUUUUUGUCUGAUGUGUUUUGUAUAGAUUUUAAAAACCUGUCUAUAUUUUAACUUUUUAAUUUGUUUUUUCUAGCAAGAAGAUGUAUCUGUGCAACUAGAAGCUUUGGACAUUCUUGGAGAUUUACUCAGCCGAUUUGGUGGUGUGUUUAUGUUAUACAAUAGUUUUAUUUUUUUAUGAGAAUUAAUUUUUUUUAUCAAUUUAUUAGUAACUGGUGGAUGGGACUCGUUAACCUUUGAUGGCAACUCAUCUAAGAGAAGGCAAACUCUAACAUUAAACCUGGAGAUGGAGUCCACAAUGAAAAUUCCGACAACUGCUGCAAUGUGGAACACAUAAGAGCACAGUGAGACACAAGAAACACUGAUCCUUGUCUGUCUCCAGUCGUCUUGACUAAGUCUUGCCAUUUGGAAGAAAUGGGAAAGGACAAGAGAGUGAGGCUGAUGAAUUGAGCAAAUCUCCCUCACUUUAAACAAAAUACAAGUCAAGGCUAUUUAUUGUUCGUCCGUCGAGGGUCGACGAGGACCAUCGAGUCGUCUGGUGACUGAUGACUUGCGCGGGUGACUUUGUUUAAAGUGAGGUAAGAGUUGCGCGGCGUCUACCUCACUCUCUCGUCCGAGCCCACUAUAUCCAGUGGCAGGACUGUACGUCAAGACGACCAGGGAUGGGUUCGGUUGCAGGAAUUGUCAUUGUUUGACACUUACGGGACUCCAGCUCCGGGUUUUGAAUUCAGAGUUUCCUUCUCUUAGAUGAGUUACCGACCAAGGAUAACGAGUCUCAUCCACCCGGGGUGAUGUUUUUUGAUUCACUGGCCUUUGGCUGGACUUUAACACCAGACCACCAACUAGAGGUUUGCUCAGUUUAGACCAUUCGACCACCCAGUCACCCAACAAGUCAAGGCUACUACUCAAGUCAAAGCCUUUGUCAUCUUUGCAUUCAAAGGACGAACAGUAAUAAUGUAUUAGUAUUGUUGAGAUUGUGUUAUGAAUUUUUCACUUGAAACAAGUGUUCAUGGGUAGGUUCUACUAAAUUUAACUUAUUUCAGCAAGAAAUUGCAUUGUAUAAAUUUCUCACACAUCUAAAUUCCUUGUACAUUAAUCUAGUUAAAAUAAUGUCAUGAUUUAUGAAACCCAAUUGCCCAGUUCAAAAAUUAACCUAGUAUAUUGCUAUUACAGGUCUGCUCAUCAGUUUUCACAUUACCAUAAAACAAGCUCUCCUCCCUCAACUGGCUAGUCCAAGGUUGGCAGUCAGAAAGAGGGCCAUAAUUGCUAUAGGUAAGGUAACCUUUAUUUAUUUCAUACAUUUUCUCAAUUAGACACAUUUUGAUUUGAUAUACUCUUUACAUCUUCAUCCAUUUAGAAGGAAGAGGGUCAGUCUUUUAUAAUGUUCCAUAGUAACCUUCAGAGAAUCUUAACUCUACAUUUUACUCCUAUUUAUGUUUGGUAUCUACAUAAAAGGGAUUCACCUAUCACAUUGGGUUUUUAAAUGGUUUUAAACUCUAUGCUUUUUAAAUGUUACAACAAAGUUCUUGGUGCUAAAAGUCCGAGCUUGGUUAUUUGCUGUUUUAUUUCUAAUGAAGUUAUGUUUUUUGUGUUCAUCUUUAAGAAAUGAAAAAUUCUCGUUUGUGAUUAUUUAUAUUCCCGUUAUUUAAAAAGAGAUCAAAUAAUUAAGCAAAGAAAUUGUCCAAUAUAUUGACAGUGUUAAAUUCAAACCCCGGCCGGCAACCCAAAAUCCACAACACAGUCCACUUUCCCUCUGUGGGACAUUCAGGAAAUGCAUUGGGAGCUACAGAAAGCAAAAAAUACUGGGCUUUUUUGUUUUUUUCAAUGCAUCAGGGAAAAUUCUAUCAGAAAAACUUAAGGAUAACUAACUAAUCAUCAGUAUUCCACUGUGUUACGUACUGUUAUCUGUCUGGAGAAAUUAAUCUCUUAUUUAAGUAUAUGGCUCUUUCUUAAACAGUACACAACAAAAGACGAUACCAUAAAUUAAAUACAAUAAGAAAGAAAACGAUACCCAGGCUAGGGCUAAUUACAAUUAAUAAUUUUAUUAAGUUAAUAAUAGAUUAAAAAAUAAAAAAUAAAUAAAAUUAAAGCAGUAUAAUGAUUGGCUUGUACCAGUACAAUGUUGAAGAAGAUAAAAUGUUGCAAAAGGUAAAAUGAUGAACAAAGGAAUCUACACACACACAGCAAAUUUUAGUAAACAAUUCUUUGUCUCAUAUAGCAAAUCUCUUUCAUUAUAGUGAUAGCAAAAAUAUCUCUCUCUUUCUUCCUGUCGCUCAAUCUCUCUAGGCGUAUGUAUAUUGCCUGUUUCAGAGAUAUUUAUAGAACGGGCUUACACACUGUAUUUCUUUCUUGAUUUGUCUCAAUUUUUCUACAAAUUCUAAUAAUACAGGCCAUAGAUUUUAUUUGGUUAUAAACUAGGUCAAGGGAGACUAUUUUUAAUUAGCCACACCCAAACGAGCUGUUGAGACUUGGGGUCAGCUUAAGUUCAUUCACGGGAAAAGAUGGCGUAAAUGCGCUGUCUACAUAACACAAUGCCUUUAGGAAUUGUAAAAAUCUUUCCUUCUAGGCCACUUGGUCAUGAGUUGCAGCACAUCCCUAUUCCAUGAACUCAUCGAGUACCUGUUGACAGAACUCACAAAGAAUGCCUCAACCUCCACUACCCGCACCUACAUCCAGUGUGUUGGGGCCAUCAGGUGAGAGACACGAAGGUGUUGGAUUAUUAUGUCAUAGAAGACUGAAUGCCCUUUAUUUCUUUAAACUUUGCUAAAAAAAGUUCUCAUAUGAUUGUUCUUUACAUUUAUUAAAACUUGAUUAAUCUUAAAGACUAACUAACAUGUCUGUUCAUUGCAUUUCUUAAAACUUGAGGAGAAUGGGAUUCUUGGUGUUCAGGAUCAAGAAUUUUUUUGACAUUAUCCAGAAUAAUAAAAUGUGUAUGUCAAUCACAGUAAAAUACAGUGCAAUGUUUUCCCUCUACUCACAGUCGUCAAGCAGGUGGUCGGUUCGGAGAGUAUCUUGACAAAAUGGUUCCUCUUAUUGUCAAGUUUUGCAAGACUGAUGAUGAUGAGCUGACAGAGUUCUGCCUCCAGGCAUUUGAGUCGUUUGUCAGACGUUGUCCCAAGGAGGUCUCAAAUUUCAUUCCUGAUGUGAGUGUCCCCCGCUCUUAAACUUUAAAAUUUGAUUUGAGCAAUAGAGCUAUAAGAUUUAUUAUUGUUGUUAGCCCAGUGUAAAUAGUAUGUAAAAUAAGCUGUAUAAAUAUAUUACAUGCAUAUAUGAUUUAAACAGUGAUCAUACCAUCCCCUUGGAGCUAUUACAUUUCCUAAUACAAAAUCAGAAACAUAUUUGCAAGCACAUUUGGGUGGUGGUUGGGGAAGGGCAAUAUUUGUUUGUUUAUGGUGGUUGAUUUUUUGUUAAAUAGGUUAGCUGCUGAAAGUGUGUGGUUAGUUGGGGGGACGGACUGAUUCAUUACUGAAUAAUACUGGUAAUGUCGAUGAUGAAUGGAAGGAUAAAUCUCAUUAUUUUAUUACUUCAGAUCAUUGCCAUCUGUCUCAAGUAUGUCUGUCAUGACCCGAACUACAACUACGACGAUGAUGAUGACGAGGAGAUGGACACAGAUAUGCAAGAAGAGGAUGAUGAUGAGUAGGUUUAAAACAUUUUGAUCACUUAAUUUCUUACUACUAAAAUUGUUUGGUAAAUAGAAUAGGAUUCUAUCUUGCAACAUCUGGAUUUUCUUCUUCAAAGCAAUAGUUGAUUCAUUUUAAAAUUCACUGUAAAGAAGAAUUAUACUGUAAACCAAUGAAAAUUGUUGUUUUACUAUAACAGCACAAUAAAUUAAAGAUGAAAUCUUUAGGGGGAACAAAAUUAUUGCUAUUAUAUUGCUGCUUUAGGUUUUCCAAUGUCUAAAUGUCUCUUUUGAUUUGAAUUAUCUCAAGAGAAACAGAAGACGAAUAUAGUGAUGAUGAUGACAUGAGCUGGAAAGUCAGGAGAUCCGCAGCCAAAUGUCUGGAAGCUGUUGUCAGCACACGCCAUGACAUGUUACCAGAGUUUUACAAAACUGUUUCCCCUGCUCUUAUUGCCAGGUUUAAAGGUAAGCUCCAUAAUGGAAUAUAUUUUGUUGACAUUUAUUUAUGGGAAAUUGUACGGUAUCUUAGAAUUAGAUAAAUAUUGGCCAUAUGUUAAAAAAGUAAUCUUAAACUAAGUGUAAACUGCACAUAUUUUGAUUCAUUAUUUUUUUUACUUAAAAAUAGACUUGCUAUUUUUUAAAACAUAUUUUGAGUGAAGAGAAAUGCAUUUUUGUUACUUAGGAAAGAGACAUCACGUUUCACUUCAUUUUAUUCAAGCAAUUCUUUUGUUUCAGAGCGAGAGGAGAAUGUCAAGUCUGAUAUAUUCCAUGCUUACAUAGCUCUUUUGAAACAAACUAGGCCAGUUACUGUUGCAGGUGUGGAGAACAUUGAAGAGGAAGAGGGGUAAGUUCAAGUGCUUGGGUCAACAAGGAAAGGUUGUCAUAGUUUUCAGCUCUGUACAGCUGAAAUGGUGGGUAUCCAAGGUUUUGCAUUAGAACAUUUUAAUACAUGGAGAAUCCUAUCUAUGUUAUACCAAUUAGUGGGAGUUGAAUCAUGGUAUUUGUCACACUCUAAAAAAACACAAAAUAAUUUUUAAAUUAAGUUUUUUAAUCAUGGAAUCAGAAACCCAUCUGUAAUUUCAUUUUUGUUUUGAAAAAAAUCAAACAGUUAAGUUAAAAUCUGAGUAACUAGGACCUUUUUAUGACAUAUUGUCAAAUUUUCCUGUCUUUGUUAGUUUGUCUUCAUGAAAUUAAUGAAUAUGCAUCCUCCUCAUUCAGACCCCUGAACAUGCUGCAGGCACAGAUAUCUGACAUUGUCAAGGCAGUCCAUCGUCAACUUAAAGAGAAAAGCAUCAAGACCAGACAGGGCUGCUUCAGCCUACUGACCGAGUUGGUCCUCGUGUUGCCUGGGGCCCUUGACCAGCACCUGACCAGCCUCAUGCCAGGGAUACAGUACUCUCUGGGAGACAAGAACUCCAGUUCCAACAUGAAAAUUGACACAUUGUCUUUUCUCAAUACAUUGCUAGGCAAUCACAGCCACCUGGUGUUUCAUCCACACAUCAAGGCUUUAGUCCCAGUAAGUGUUAGGGCAGAUAACAGGUUAAUUUUAUCUACAGUUAUCAGUAGUGGAAAAGUUGCCGGAAACCCUUAAAGCUGUCUCAAAAGAGGUAGUUUUUUUAGUAGUUAAAAAAUGUGUAAAAGAAUAGAUGCUUUUUUUUUUUUCAAGUUUUUGAUCUCCAUGAUUGUAAAAGAUUUCAAAUUAUUGGCUGUGUUACAUUACAUAGAAGAAGCAAUUGUAAAUAUAUGGUUAGAAAAUGUAUGCAGUUUCCAAUAUACCGGUACAUGAGUCUUUUUUUUUUGUUGUUGUUGUUAAUAACUCUAGAUCUGUAUUGCAAAGAAUGCUUCUAGGUUUUAGGUAAUUUAAAAUAACAUAUUUUUUAUCCACUCUCAGCCUAUUGUGAAUGCUGUAGGAGAUCCUUUCUACAAGAUAACCUCGGAAGCCCUGCUAGUCACACAGCAGCUAGUUAAAGUCCUCAGACCUUUAGGUAUGAUAGAAAUUACCACCUUUGGCUUCUGAGGGUACAGUCAGGAUCAGAAAUAGUCACCUGCUAUGCUGGUCAAGGACCCCUAUACCACAAUCUUUUAGGUUAAGAACUCAAGCCAGCCAGUAGGUGCAUUAAUAUGAUUCUCAUAAAGUCCAUUGAGUAAUUGAGAAUGUAAAAUUAAUGUGGGUGGUCAUAGUGGUUCCCAAGCCACAGUUAAUGAAUGACCCAAAGUUUGAUCACUCAAAAUUUUAUUUAUUCGGUUCAUAUUUCAUGUCAGUCAAUAUAUUAAACUAAAAUGAGAAAAUGUGAAAUCCAUGAAUGUGAAGUUCAUUGUCAAGACUCACAGAGAAAUACUAAUUCAUUUAAAUUUUUUGAAUUUUUUUUCAACUGUUAAUAUUGAGAUAAUUAGGUGUAGCACAACCCCCUUCCCCCCUCCCCAAUCCAUGAAUGCUUCAGCGUGCUCUGUCAAAGGCUCAUUUAUUUCAUUCUAAUUGCCAGUUAAAUUUAUUUAAUUUAUUUGUAAGCCUCACUGCACAGGCAGCUCUACAUAUCUGACAUGCCACAUCAUUUCAGAACAAAAAUCAAAUUUUGAUUACAAGCCAUAUGUGAAGAGUCUGUAUGCCUGCACCGUCAAACGUCUCAAGGCUGCUGACAUUGAUCAGGAGGUCAAGGAGAGGGCAAUAGCUUGCAUGUGAGUUUCCGUGGGUCACAAGAAAUCUGUUUGUAACUACUUUAACACAUUUUACUGAUUUGUUUCCUAGUUUCCUAAAUAGUAGCUAUGCUAUCUCAGUUCAAAUUACAUUGAUUUUCAUGCUAUCAAGGAUAGCUCAGAUUUUAAUUUUUGUAACUAGAAGUAGUGUUCAAAAUUAAUAUUUUAAUGAAGGUUUUUUUUUAUAAAAGUCACAUCUCCAUGAGCCAAUGUAAAGUUGAAGCACUUACUUCUGCAGGGGUCAGAUAGUGGCCAACUUGGGAGACUGCCUGCAGGCUGAGUUGAAGGAGUGUCUUCCCAUUUUUCUGGAGAGGUUGAAGAAUGAAAUAACCCGACUGACCACAGUCAAAGCGCUCACCCUAAUAGCUCAGUAAGUGCUCACUGUUAUAGCUCAAAAAGUGCUCACCCUUAUAGCUCAGUAAGUGUUCAUUGUUAUAGCUCAAAAAGUGCUCACCCUUAUAGCUCAGUAAGGGCUCACUGUUACAGCUCAAAAAGUGCUUACCAUUAUAGCUCAGUAAGUGCUCACAGUUAAAGCUCAAAAAGUGCUUACCAUUAUAGCUCAGUAACUAAUAACUCAAAAAGCACACUCACCAAUAGCCCAGUAAGUGCUCACUGUUAUAGCUCCAAAAGUGCUUGACUGGCCUUAAUAACUCAAAAUGUACACUUCCUAAAAACCCAGUAAGUGCUCAUUCUCAUACCUCAAAAAGUGCUUACCCUUAUAGCUCACCCUAAUAACUCAAAAAUUGCCCUCCCCAAUAUCCCAGUAAGUGCACUCUCUAGUAGCCCAGUAAGUGCUCACUGUUAUAGCCCAAAAAGUGCACUCCCCAAUAGCUCAAAAAGUGCUUACACUUACCCUAAUAACUCAAAAAAUGCACUCCCCAAACCCCAGUAAGUGCUCUCCCUAAUAGUUCAGUACUUGCCCAGUAAGUGCUCACCCUUAUAGCUCAGUAAAUGCUACAUGUAACAAUGAUUUUCCAAUUUGUUUUUCUCUCUUCUUCAGAUCACCUUUAAAUAUUGAUAUCAGAUUUAUUUUGGUAAGUAGAAGUUACUUGAAAAUGCUGAUCCUUUGACACGACUUAAACUUAAUAUGGUAUACAAAAAGGCAGCCGAUUUUCAAAAUGAAAUAUAUUUACACAAUAUUAUCUUCUCUAGGAGGAAGGCUUCCCUAUCCUGGCAUCUUUCCUGAGAAAGAACCAGAGGGCUCUCAAGCUGAGUACUUUGCAGUGCCUGGAUGUUGUGGUUAAGAACUACGGUAAGGCAGUUUUUUUAAUGGAAAUAUAUCCCUUAAUAAAUGCAGUGAGGUAGCCCUUUUUUUUUUUUUUAACUUCUACCCAAAAAAAAAGUAAAGUAAAUAUAAGUUUGCUUAAACAUACAUUAAACUAAACAUUUUAAAAAAUAACCGUUGGUAAAAUUAUUAAGAUUUUCAUUCAACAUCACUGUUAUGAUAUAUUUUCUGUUUCACAUUUGAGAACAACUUAUUAUUUUUUUAGAACAACAAUUUAAUUUUAUGAAAAAGAUUUAACUUGUAAUAGCAAUGAGGGUGGUGAAAAUAACAAGGAACAAAAAGGAAAUAAAAUAAAUUACCUCAUAAAAAAAAAAAAUAUUCAAGUUAUGUUGUAAUGGUUUGAUUCCUACUAUUAUGAUUUCUAUCUGUCUAAUGAUUUUUAAUUAUGCAUCAUUACUACUAGUGUGUUUGGUCUGGUGUACAAAACCAAACUUACCGACCUUGUUCUUAAUCAGAUAAUAAUUGAUGACUGCAUCAGACCUGUUUACUCUUACGAUUCUUGCAUACAAUGUAUGCUUUUGAGAUGUCCUUUACGAUUGUAUGCUGAGACUUGUCAUAACUAUGAUUUUAUGAGACCGGGGUAAAAAAUAUAUUCUGGUGGUUUGUUACGAUUUAAAAAUAAAUAAAUAAUACUAAAAAGUAUUUAUGUAAAGACAGCUAGGUAAGGGUAACCUAAUUUUCUACAAGCAUUAUGAUUACGUUUAGAAUGAUGCUAAACUAGAUUCAGGUAUACACAAGUGCAUCCCUGCAUUUUAAAUUUAUACAAAAAAUUCUGGGAAGAGGCUCAGCCUCCUCCCAACCCCCACUUUUGGUCAGGUGUAUUAAGCGGACAUCCUCAAUUUCCACACCCACCACAUCUUCAUAUAUCAAAGUGGCUAAUGAUGAGCACCUUUUUGGUUUAAACAGUGCACUGUACAUAAUUAUAUAAACGUCAGUCAUCUACUUUGAGAAGGGACCUUCAUUUGAUGUGCUAUGUACUGUGUGUUGUUUUAUUUACUUUUAAAAUAAGGUAUUUUACGAUUUUUGAUAUGGUUAUGUACUAUUUUGAGUCUGUGCUGUACUAUUUAGGGAGUUCUAGUGUAACCAGGUCUGCCUUAAUUUAUCUGAUUAGGUGGUGCUGUCACUUCCAACAUGCUGUCUGACGUCAUGAAGGAGAUGCCGCCACUUAUCAAUGAGAAUGAUCUGCACAUUUCACAGGUACAAUUUUAUGGCUUUGGGCAUUUUCCCCAGAAGUUGUUGCUUCAGAUUUCUUUCUUAAUGUAUGAGUGGGGUGUUUGUAUGGGCUCAGAUGGACUCAUAUGUUAUUCAAUAGAUCAGUUCAUGGGGGCUUUGUGGUGUAUUUUUGCAUGGGUUAAUUUAAUUGAAAUCACCAAGUAAGUAGCAGCAGUGAGUUUUAUUCAUUUAAUCGUGAACAGUAACUCUCUUAUCUUUUCGUUACAAAAGUAUUAUAUAUGCAAAUUAACCAGAGUCGAUCUUUAUGAUGCACCAAUCUAAAGCACAUUUUGGAUGAUACAUCCCACCCUCUUCACCACAGAUACUUAGGAUUGGCCCUUUCGGGAUGAAUUCUUUCCGUCAGGGCAAGGACUGAAAGAUAUAAAAAUUAUUUUGUUCCCCAAUCUGUACGAAUUUACUAGCGUGCUCCCCCUGAAGUCACAAAUCUUAAUAAGAACUAUAAGGCUAAGAGAAUUCACUAAAUAGCUGGGUUUUUUUUAGUGAAAUAAUUUAUUAUAAAUGUCUUGUGUUCAAAUUGUUUUUUUUAUGUGCUGAUAAUGUACAAUGCAAUCUAAAAACAUUUCCAUUUGUUUGGAUCAAUAAAAGAAUCUUAUCUUAUUUUAUGUACCAUUAGGCUUCAUAUCUGAAGGUCUAACAAUCUAUUUUUUAUUUUUUUAUUUUAAUUUGUAAUAAUAUAAGUAAUGCUCCUGAAAUAGUAAGAAACAUAUUAAAAUAAUGUUUCUACAACAUAAUCAUAUCCUUGAAAUAGAUUUUGGGAAGGAACUUAGUUAUUCAUAUUAAUUGAAAUAACUGAGGCUAGAGUUUUAGUUUUGUUGCUAUAUCUAUUGUUCGUGUCAUUGAGGCAUGAUAAAGAAAUACUUAUAAAAAGUAAAAGUAAGAGAGAUGGCAAUAACCCUCACUUUGAUAUCAAUGGAAAAAGAAUUGAAAGGAGACUGAAAAAAAUUUAGGAUUGGCUGCAAAUCUGUUUGCAAAAUACAGUCGAACCCACUUAUCUCAACCUCGGUUAACUCGCCAACCCUGUUAUGUUGACAUUUUUAAGUGGAACCGCCAAAUUUUCUCUUUGUCUUAGCAUUUUCGCCUGGGUUAUUUUGAUCCUUUUAUGUCGCCAAACCCUGAUAUCUCGAGCUCAAAAGGCAACCAAAUUUGCCACUUAACCUUGGUUAUCUCGAUCCCCAUGACCAAUCGCCGGCUUUUGCACUCCACAACAAGAAAUAGCAAACAACAAAUAAACAAGUUUUUCAUAAUUAAAAAUAAUUAUUUUUAUUUUUCAAAAUACAGGACUAGUGUUUUAGAAUGAACCUAGAAGUAAUUUAAAUAAGUAUGUUUUAAUUCGAGGUUUAAAAGCCCAGUAGAGUCCAUACUAUAAAUAAUCAUAAUUUGCAGUGUGCAAAACGUUGUCAUGGGCAGCCAUUCACGGUCACUUUGCAUAAUGGCUGUGCUGUGGUACUAUGUCAGAGUUUCAUUCAUAAGAGUUUGCCGUGUGAAAAAGCUAUUAAACCAUUGGUCAGGGAAAGCUUUAAUGAAAUAGUCAUGUGCCAAAAUUGAAAGUUCAAAAUAACUAGUCCCUAAAUACUAUUUUAGAAAUAAGGGGAUGCGUUGCCUUAUAUAAGCUAUAUAGUUACUGGCAAGACACGAUCAGCAGAAUAAGGUCACAAAAUGUGGAGGUUUCGUCCAUAGUAGAAAAUACCAAACGAACUCGCACUUAAAAAAUUCGUAGCUCAUUAAGUACUAAAGUUAAAAGUUGAUUCUGGUUUCAUUUUUUUUUUAAAUUUGAAAUUUGCUCUAAAUAACUGUAAUAUUUUUAAAAUUAUUAUUUUGUUUUACUGAAGUACCUGCCUUUAUUAACGCACAUCAUGUACAUAAAGAAAUUUCAAGCACAUAUUAAUAUAUCCCCGCCAUAUUGGUUUUUGUUUAUCGCGAUCAUCUGUGUAAAGGGUUAAAAAUACAUUUUAAUUUACAUUUUAAGAGACAAAAACUUAAUAAAGAUGCAGACAUAAAUCUUCAUGUGCACAGUUGUCAGAAUGUUUAAAUCUCUUCACCUGUUGUUUUGUUGUAAUUUCCAGCUGACCUUGAACUUGCUGACCACAAUCUCCAGAAGUCAUAAGCAGUCCAUCUCCAACAUUCAGACUGAGAUUCUGCCUCAGAUUUUAAUCCUUGUCCAGUCACCACUUCUUCAGGGAGGGGCCCUUAAUGCUGUGCUAGAGUUUUUCCGCGCUCUAAUCGCACUGAACCUACCUAAACUUGGUUUCAGGGAUCUUUUGCAGGUAACAUCCCUAAGCCAUUAUAAUACCCAAUUAUUAUUUUUUUAGGAUGUUAUAGAGGCUACAUUGACCCUAUCUUAUUAAAGAAAUGCUCCCCUAUUUUUUAAAGGAAUUUUAGUCGAAGUCUGAGAUAUUCUUAUCUGGACUCAAGUACUAACGUCUUCAAUUUAAGUGGAAGCUUUAGAAUAGAAAAUUUACAAAAUAUAUUCAUUUAUAUCCAUAACACACACACAAAAACAUUCUGGUAUAACCAACUUCUAAUGUCAGAGUUGUAACAUUUUGUUCAGGAUUGAAGCCUCACAUUCACAUAAGUGGGAUAUAAUUUAGUGUAUGUUCCAGUUAAAAUGUCUUGAUGAAAGCUGUGAGAAAAGUUUUAUUGUGUUUUUUUUAAUAAUUUUAUUUAAAUAAGCUUCGAAGACUCAAAGGGAAAAAAUGACAUUGUCAAAGUGUGAGGUUAUGGUAGUAACCCAAUUUUUCUCAUCCACCUGCAGAUGCUGAUAUUGCCUGUGUAUGACACAAGACUGACAAGUGGACCUAUCCAUAGACAGGUAAAGUCUACCCCUACAGCUUAAAAAUUAUGUCUAAGUCCUUAAUACAUUUUUAUUGUUUAUGUUAAGUAAUUUAUUACUUCUCAAUGCUCCAUUAGAUGAUCAAUGGCCUCUUGGAUGCUACAAUGCAGCCAAGUGUUUAUUUUUAUUUUAUAUUGUUUUUACUGUUGUUGGUUUGCUGAAGAAAGCUUCUCUUCGACAUGUUGUUGUUUUGUAGUGUCCUUUUUUUUCAUGUUUUCCCAUACUUAUUUUCGCUCAUUUCUUUUUACCUAACCUGAUUUCAGUCUCUCCUCUUAUUACGAUCAAUGCUCCAUAGUUAAAAAAUAAAUUAUUUUUUAUCUUUUAAACUGCCUUCCAUAACUAACAAAGAAUUGUUUGUAAUUUUACUUAUUUUUGUUAUCAAGGCCAUUAGCUUAUUAUUAUUAUUAUUAUUAUUAUUACAGUGGUCUUAUAUAGCGCUUGGCUUUGGGCUUGGCUCCCCGGGCUGCACGUAAAAAUAUUAGCAAACACAAUCAUGACAUUAAAAAAUUACAUACAUUUAUUUAAUUAAAAAAGAGCUGUAUAAAAACAAAAAAAUAUAUAUUCACCCCGCCAACCCCAGAACUAUUUACAUGUCACACCAUGGACGGCACCCAGCAGCAUUGUUUAUCGGUCACAGGAGGGUGGGAAUCAAUCCGAAUAGUAGACUAUUAACAUGAAGGGUUAAAUGUACUUAAGUUUAUUUAUUUUAUAGGUUUUAUCAAAUUACACAAAAGGGGGGGGGGGGUGUUAAUCCGCAAUACUGCUUAAAGCUAUAGAUUAUUUUUUUCAUCCUUUAAAAAUGUUAAUUCUCUCUUCCAUUCAAUUUUAAUUACACAAAAGGGGGGGGGGGGGUGUUAAUCCGCAAUACUGCUUAAAGCUAUAGAUUAUUUUUUUCAUCCUUUAAAAAUGUUAAUUCUCUCUUCCAUUCAAUUUCUUAUCUAUACAUAUUUUUAAAAAAAAUACAGACUUUCAUUUUCAAAACUAUUAUCUUUUUUUUUUAGGGUAACACUAAUAAAGGCUAACUUGGCAAUAAAAUGAAAUAAAUCAAUUUUUUAAUAACUAAGAAACCCUAUUGUUAAUCAGGUGCUAAUUUGGCUGCUGUGAACCCUAUCGUUAAUCUGGUGCUUAUUUGGCUGCUGUGAACCCUUUCCUUAAUCUGGUGCUCAUUUGGCUGCUGUGAACCCUUUCCUUAAUCUGGUGCUCAUUUGGCUGCUGUUAACCCUAUUGUUAAUCCUGUGCUCAUUUGGCUGCUAUUCUUAGACUUUGGUGGGUUUUUAAAAAAAUUAUUUUUUGUAUUAUUAUUUUUUUUUUACUCAGGGCUUACCUACUCCUUACCAAUAGCUGUCUUACUGGGCUGAUUCCACCAGGCUGUUUGCCUAUAGCAGAGAACAACCACAGACAAAAUUGAACCUUCUUCCUCUACCGUAUGGGACAGACAAUACUACAGUUCACCACGGAGUCACCUGAUAUUUUGCGCCAAAAAUUUGAAUGAUUAGGAUUACUUCAUUUAGUUUUUGAAUUUGUGAUUCCUGCUUAUUUUUUCUGUUUAUUUUGUCCGCAGGCCUACCAUUCAAUCGCUCGCUGUGUUGCUGCACUCACAGAGAUGAGCCCACUAGAAGCUUCCAACGUGGUCUCCCAGUUUGUUAGUGACAUCAAGAAUCCAAAGUCUACUGAGCACAUUGUUCUUUUCUCUUUGCUGGCUCUGGGAGAAAUUGGAAAAAAUAUGUGAGUGCCACUUGUACAGUGAUAUGAGCAUAAACAUUAUUUAGUUGGGUUUUUUUAAUUUUUUUUCAGAGUGGGUUGUUGUUGUUUAGUAGGCAACCAGCUUUGGAGUUAGCAUAGAGAAAAGAAUAGCUUAAGUUUACCCAUCCAGCAUGAUUGUGCGCUUAAUUUAUUAAUUAGGAUUGGAGGCUGGUUAAUAUACCUGUUGUAAUGAAUAGAUUAUUUCUUAAGAUGUGCAUAUUUUGAGAUUAGAUAAUUACAUUACAAAAAAUAAUUAUUGUAAUUCUUUUUAUUUAGGUACCUUUAUAAAAUGUGUCUCGUCCAUUGUAUUUUUUAAAAAUUCAACAUUUGUUUUUAUUACAUCCUCUGUUAUGUUCUUAAGAUCAUGUAUCAAAACCACAACAAUCAAACAUACUGUACAAGGCACACAAAAAUUUAUUAAAAAAACUAUUAAAAUUUGCUUAACUACAAAAUCACCAUAAUACAUGAUGAUAACUGAGAUUUACAAGACUGUUAGCAAUAUACUGAUAAAGCUUGUCUCAGGCAAAUGGUUUUACAUCACUCUAGGUAACAGAUCAUAACCGAAUGUUUCAAUGACCUUAUGAAGGGGUUUGACAUGUUUAUUUUGUCCCCAGUGACCUGAGUCCUCAUGGGGACAUCCAAAUUGUGAUCUUAGAAUGUUUCUCCUCACCCAAUGAGGAAGUCAAGUCAGCAGCUUCUUAUGCUCUAGGUAAUCUUUGAUUUAUCUAUUAGGAAACCUACCUGUCAUUUAUUUUUAGUUUUCACCCUUGAUAGAAAAAUGUGCCGCCCUGUAAAAACUUGAAUUUUGGCGCCCAUUGUCUUUGUAGAUGGCAUUUUAUUGUUUAAUUGACUAUAAAUUAGUAUAAAUGACCUAUCCAAAUACCAUUUUGGCAUGCCCAUAGCCAGUGCCCCCAUCCCCCUUUCGCAGGACCCAAAAUGUUAGCAUUAGCCCCCAACACAAUCUUUUCAUUUUAAUUUACUCAUUUUCAUCCAAAGGAACAUCAAUAUCACUUUCUGCAUCAAUAGAUUCUACUUCUACAGCAGUGUUUGAUUUUCAAAAUUCAGUAACAAAAAAAAAUUGUUUUUAAUCAAGGAUAGCUGUACAUACCCUUCAAAGUUCCUUUAAACCUUGAUUCCCUCAACCUAAAAUAGCCAUGCCAAACAAGCAAGCAUAAUUCAAAAUAUGAUCAUAAUCUUUUGUAUAAUUCACAUUAUCAUCAACAUGCUCUGGUUUUAGUUCUUUAGAUUAGCAAUUCUUGCCACAUCCGUUCACUGAAGAAUCAAGACUAAAACAUAACAAAAUGUUAAAGUUCAUGGACGUGACCAUUAAGUGGGAUUACAGGUUCAUAAGGUUUAAAGCUUGUGGUCACAUAACAUCAGACCAAUAUAUUUUGUUACAUUUUGGUUUCAUUUUCUUUAAAUUAAAUUUUCCAACCAGGUAAUGUCAGUGUUGGAAACCUACCAAAGUUCUUACCCUUUGUUUUACAAGAGAUUGAAAACCAGCCAAAGAGACAGUAUUUGUUGUUACACUCCCUGAAAGAGGUAAAUUAAACUCAACGUUUAAACAUUAUUCAUUGUAUGGUAAAUAAAUAUGAGUUGGCGUAAAUAUAUCUUGCACGAUGUUUAUAUUUUAAAUGAUAAACAUGUCUUAUUUUGUAUAAAGCUUGUCAUCGGCUUGCAUUUAAGCUCUUUAGAAGUUACUGUUGCUUCAACAUGUCAGAAAUCAUAUUAAAAGUACCAUGUUACUUGGUAAGCCAAGUAAAGAAGAUACAACGUUAAGAUAUUUUAAUGGGUCGAAGACAGAUACACAUCAACACAUGUUCUUAUUCAGGGUUGAUUUUUUUUAUUUCAUUAGGCAACAUAAAUCCCUCUGUGGUCUUUAGGAUAUACUAAAACUUGGUGGUGUGCAGGCAGCAAGAUUGCAAUCAAUGUUAGUACCAGUCUCUUGUUCUUAAGUCAUGAAGUAAUCAGAUAAAUAGAUAAACUAUUACCUUAUUUUUUUUCAUUUCAUAGAUUAUCAAUUGUGAGUCCAGUUCACAGACUGGGUUGGAAAUAUUGAAGUCCUAUGUCAAGACAAUCUGGUAAGUCUAUUUCAUUUCAUUAUUUAAUGAUUCAUCAAAACAAAUAAUGGUCAUUCCAAACAUCUCUUCUCAUGCCUGUGUGGUGGUAAUAGAAGCAAGUACACAGUAGUUUGUGACUCAAAUACCUUAGACUGAGCUAAUGCCUUCAAAAUUUUUUAACAUAAAAAUUGAUAAUGGGUGUUGAUGUUGUUAUUAAUAUCUCUGCCCAUGGCCUCCAUCCUACCUGCUUGGCUUACUCCAUACCCAUAUAUUUAAUCUGAAAAUUAUAUAAAUAACUUGCUUCAAUUUUAAUUAUUUUUAACAAUGAACAAAAAAAAUAAGCAUCUUUUAAAGAAUUUUUUUUCAAUUAUUAGGAAGUAACAUACUUUUGACUGCAGAUUUUAGCUAUUUUUUAAAAAUGUAUAAGGAGUUGUCACUGAAUAAUUUCUCUUGACGGCAGGUUAGAAAUAGUUUGUGAUGAAAUUUUAAAAAACUACUUCUUUCAGGACAAUGCUGUUCCAUAACUGUGAAUGUCCAGAGGAGGGAACUCGUAAUGUAGUUUCUGAGUGUAUGGGAAAGCUGACUCUGGUUGACCCAAACAACCUGAUUGGUAGCUUACAACAGCAUCUCAACGAUGCCUCACCACUUGCUCGCAGCACAGUCGUCACAGCUAUUAAGUUUACUAUAUCGGACCAGGUAAGCAUCAACUUACUGAAUUACUAAUUCUCACCAACGUAGGUUUGACAUACCGGUAUUAAGUUUAUUCAAACACAUCUAAUGAGUUGUGGCAUAGUGUUUUAAGCAUAAAAAUCAGGUUAGGGUUUAGAACGUAAGAUGUUCAUGAAUCAUAACCAUGUCCUCAAUUACUUGUUUAAAAUUGAACAUAAGAACAUAGAUUUCUUUUUUUUUUUAAAUUUAAAUUGUAAUUGUUCUUCAUUGAUAAAUUGUAUCUGUACUGUAAAUUAGUUUUUAAAAUUUGAUUAAGUUUAUUCUUUUUAAAUUGCCUCUUCAUGUCAGCAAAAGUCUAAAAAUUUGUACUUAGAACAUUAAAAUAACACCAGAUGAUUAAUAAAUGCAUAUUAAAUUUAACACUUCUUCAAUUAAUAUUAGAAUUUUUAUUGCAUUUUUCUCUAUGUAUAUAUGAUAAACAUUUCUGGCUACAGUAAAAAAAAAAUAAUUUAUUUUUUUUGUCAAGUUUAGAACAUAUUUUUAAGCUGUUUCAUGAAAACUUUCAAUAAACAAUUUACAGCCUCAACCUAUUGAUCCCUUACUAAAAAUGUGUAUUGGAGAUUUUUUGCGCACACUACAAGAUGAAGAUUUAACAGUGCGUCGGGUCGCACUGGUGACAUUCAACUCAGCUGCACACAAUAAGCCAUCGCUAAUAAGAGAUUUGCUCGAGACAGUUCUACCGCACUUGUACAACGAAACUAAAGUCAGAGUGAGUGACUUAACAAUUAUAAUGUUAAAUAAAAAAAAUUUAAAGGAUCAAAUGAAGGCAUGUGUACUUUUACUGCACAAACAAUUAUUUUUUUUCUCCACAGUAUUUAACAAAAAACAAAUGUUCACAACUUUAAGCUGAAGUAAAAAUUGUUUUGCUAGAUCCCAGACUGAAAAAACUAUGAGGAAUGAAAUUUAAUUUGAGUAUAUACUAUAAAUUUUUAACCUAUGUAGGUUUUUAUAAAAUAUAGGGCACCCAUAAAAAUUGCUGGCAUUGAUAAAAAAAAAAUUCGGUUUGACAUCACGAUAAAAUUAUGAAGUUUCAUUGCUGAUUAACCAUCAAUUUUAUUUCCACAAUAGUUCACUCCUUGCUAAAUAAUAAUUUUUAACAUAGGAAACCCACGAUUUUAUGUUUAAACUAAUACGACGCAAAAAAUUUUUUAAAAGAGUUACUGGGUUGAUAUUUUUUGUUGUGAAAGCUACUGUGCACAGUAAUAAAGAAUAUAAAUGAGUAGGAUAUAUAGAAUAUAAGUGAUUAUGAUAUAUUGAAUAUAAGUGAUUAGGAUAUAUAUAUAGAAUAUAAGUGAUUAGCAUAAAUUAGCAUAGACCAAAAAUAGUUUGUUCCAUCCUGAAUAUAGGAUGAAUUUCUAAUCAAGUGAUGGUGUUCUUCUAGGAUAGGUGAUAACUUUCCCACUGAGCAAUACUCAAUAUUAUCUCACCUGUACCGUUAAGUAAUCUGAAUAUUUAAGACAAAUCUGUAAAAAUUUGAAGCCUAAUUUAUUGUAGAAAUGAUAUACAAAUUAAUACUAAUCAGAUGAAAAAUGAAUUUUUCAGUUUAACACUAUAUGAGUUGUUGCUUAGAUUCAUUUGUGAUUUUGUUAAAUGAAUGAAUUCUCACAGAAAGAACUGAUCCGUGAGGUUGAGAUGGGGCCUUUCAAGCACACACUAGAUGAUGGCUUGGACAUCAGAAAGGUAAGUUGGCCUACACUUAGCAAUGGGCUUUUUUUUAACCCUCUACUCCCAAAGAAAAUGAAUAUCUUUUUUUUAAAAUGUUUUAAUAUUUUUUAACAAAUUGGGGUAGUUGUAGAAUAUAAUGAUUUUGAUUAUAGUAAAUGAUUUAAAAUAUGUUGGGUCUCAUUUAGAAUUAUUUUAAAUUAUAACAACUUUUCUUAUAAAAUUUAUUUCAGUAAAUAAGUAAUUAUGGAGUAAAAGUUUUUUAAUAAAUUAUUAUUAUUUAUUUAAAUAAAUUGAAAAGAGCACAAAAAUAAAAGUUAACACAGUGAGUUCUUCAGUAUUGACAAAAAACUGAAUAAUGAACCUCAGUGACUAUUCCAUUCUCCAUUACCAGGCUGCCUUUGAAUGUAUGUACACACUCCUCGAUUCAUGUCUUGACCGUCUUGACAUAUUUGAGUUCCUUAAUCAUGUUGAAGAUGGACUUAAAGACCAUUAUGACAUCAAGAUGUUAACCUACUUAAUGCUUGUCAGACUUUCCCAUCUCUGUCCAUCAGCUGUGCUUCAACGUAAGUCUCAUUGACUGAACACUCCAAUCAUGUUCAUAUAAUAAACUGCCUAAUAGUUUUUGCAUUACACAAAUCAGUUAAAAUACAAUCAAAAUAUUUGUCAGAUUUUUUAAAAUAUCCAACAAACUUUAAGAAUUAUACUGCAGGAGUAAAUCUUGGUAAUUAGUUGGGUAUAUUUUAUCUUUUCAACCUAGGCUUAGAUCGGCUUGUUGAGCCAAUCAGGGCUACCUGCACCACCAAAGUUAAGGCUCAUUCAGUCAAACAAGAGUAUGAAAAACAAGAAGAGCUGAAGAGGUCUGCCCUAAGAGCUGUGGUGGCCUUGCUUAAUAUUCCUGAUGCAGGUUUGUGAAACAUUUAUUUGUUAUAUAUAUUUUGUUUUUAUAUUAAAAAAUUGUGGAAGUGGACUGCUGUAUUGCAAAAAAGGAAUAGUUAAACAUUUAAACAUUGUGUUAACAAGGCAAAGUGAAGAUUUUAACCCAAAGAAUUAAUUAAUUAACCAGCAGCAGUGAAGCCAAAAAUAUAAACAAGUAAAAUAAAGUUACUUGGCAGGAUCAGAUAAAUCAAUCAUUAUUUUAAAGUUGAGAGGCACAAUUAAUUAUUUUUUAAUUUGUUUCUUUAUCAAGAUCUGCCUCAUUUUUAUAUGUUUUUAAUAGCUCUACCUUAAUUUUCUGCUAAUGAAAAUAAUGACACCAAUAAGUAAAGCUGUUAGAUAAAGUGUAACUUUAAAAAAAAAAAAAAUUAUAACAUUUCCAUGUAUUGUAAACCCAUUUGGUGUCUAUUUUAAAAGUUCUGUUUUGAUUGUUCAGACAAGAGCCCCCAGAUGAAUGACUUUAUGAGUCACAUCAAGGCCACCCCAGAGCUGGCCACAAUGUAUGAGACCAUCCAGAAAGAUGCCAUGUCCACUGGACAGGAAAUAAUGGCCAUGGACACUAGUUAAAAUAUGUUUUCAAUAUAAUAAGGCAUUAUUAUAAAGAUGGCAAUGUGUGCAUUUGAGGAUAUGUCUUGGUAUAGUUAAUCCUAAUUCCUUUAAUGCUGUUAAUUAUUUUUGUUUUGUUUUUUGUGUUAAAGAAUGAAAUGAAAACAACAUGGACAUUUAUUGUUCAUUUCUAUUCAUCUAUCUAAAUAUAUAUAUAUUUAUAUAUAUAUGACCCAGAAAUUCCUCUCUUUCUUUAUGGAUGACAACUAGGCACUGUUUAAAAAUUUAACUUCAUCUUUCAUUGUGUGCUUAUGCUAUAAUAAUUUCCUCCAACCCCUCCCUCACCUUUGAUGGAUGUAUUAUUUAUAUACAGACUAAGUUUGCAAAACUUUUUUUAUUUUCUAAUAAAACUUAAGAUUAAGGAAAAUUAAUGAAAUAGUUGUUUUAAGAAUAAUGUGUGGCAAGCAUUUUGAAUGAUAGUCUGGUUUGGUCUGGGUUUAAAACUUGUUCAAAGUUGUUGAAGCAUCAGUUGAUGUGCAUUUUCUACAUUUUGUCCGAGUUUUAAAAAAAUUAAAUAACAAUCAUUCACAAAUGACAUUUCAUAGUUCGAUUAAUCUAUCGAGAAAUUGGAUGUUGUUCUUAUUUGAUUUGACGUGUCUGGAACUAUGAAAGAUUUAGUUACUAGCUGAUUUAUUUGAAAUGGAACUGAAUUUUGAAAAAUAUUUAUUUUGAUAUUCAAUGAAAUAUUUAUAUUCAAUUUUAAAAAUAAAACAUUAAUUAAAAUACACAAAAUAAUUUUUUUAACAAUUAAAUUUUCACGCCCAACUUAAUGAAAAGAGAAUCCCCCAACAUAUAUGUUGUUCAAAGCUGUGAGCUACUGUAUUUUGACAUAGUACUUGCAAUGUCUCAGGUUUGAAUGAAUAUGUGUAAGCCACAAUGGAACUCCUUUUUUUUUUAACCCAAAAAUGUCCCUGUCUGAGAUUAUUAUUUUUUUUUGGUGUUUGUGGCCGGCUGGAAUGCCAUACUAAAAUGACUUCACCUAACUACAUUAGGUAAAUUUGUGAGCAGAGAUGUAAUUUUUGUGGUACCAUGUAUCAUUGUGUUUAUUCUAGCCAUAUCUUCAAGCAUAUAGUUUUGAUUCAUGAGCACAGUAGUAAUACAAAUCAUGCUGCUUGUCUAAUCUCAUCAAUUGAUUUUCUGAUUACUUUGGUUCAGCAAUUGAAUUUUUUCUAGUGUGUAACUAAUUUUAAACUGAAUUUUUUUUUCUUUUGGAUAAAGAAAUUGCCGAUUGGUAAAAAAAAUUAUUCAUUUCUAUACUAAAUACUAAGGAUAAUGUUGAGGAGAUAGUGUGAAAAGGAAAUAUUAAGAGCAAGAUAUGGAGAAAGCUUCAAAUGUAGAACAGAAUAACUUGACAGGUGUACCAGCAGAAAGCCUAAUUCAAAAAUAAAAAAGUAACAAGGAGAAAAAUUAGUUUAACACUAACAGAAAUUGGCCAAAAAAUAAAAUAUAACCAGGAAGUAAACAAAAUCAAGGUUCAUUAUUGGAAAGGAGAAUGUGGAAAUAAGAAGUUACCUAGAUGUACAUAGAAAAUUGAAAUGAUGCAUUUUAUUGAUGACUUAUGGUGAUCUUGUACCUAAACUAAGUGUCAAGACUAUCCACACCAAGGCAAAUAUUGUGCCCUUCUGACCACUCUGAGACCUGACCACCUGUCCAGUAUUGAACUCCUUAACCUUUACAGAAUGUGAUUGUUGAAGGAUUGUUUUUAAAGAUUUGUUUUUGACAAAUGUGUGUAGCAUUGAAUUGAGUUUCAAACUUUAUGAACAGAGAAAGUGUUGACUAGUUUUUUUUUACAUUUUAUUUUUUAAUAUUUAAUGUCCAUUUUUGUGGCAAAAAAAAAAAAUUUGUGUGUGUUGGAGGGAUUGAUUGAUUUUUUUUUUGGACAUAAAAAUGUUUUAAAAGGCAGACCAGAAGAGUCACAGGCAUCUCAGAUUAUUGUUUGUUUUUAAAACAGACUUUGUUGUGAGAUAGUUUCUUUUGUUAAUACAGUCAUCACAUAAAAUCUGAAAUAUUAUUUUUUGAACAUUGAAAUAAACUUAAUGUUGAAAGAGAUUGUUUUUUUUUUAUUAGAUAGAUGUUUUUUUUUUGUUUUUUUUUUAUUAGAUAGAACAUUAAAUCCAAUUCAUCUCUUGAAAGCAGGAAGUGAUGCAAUCAU